UCACCAACAAAAAUGUGCUUCGAGUUCAUCUCCUGUUUCGGCGGCGGCAGAAAGGACGACUACGGCGGCGAGCGGUCGAGUCAUGGGGGCUGUGGCGGCCGCGGCCGCGGCCGCAGGGGGGACCACGGGAACCGGAACGGCUACAACACCGCCACCGACCAGAAGCCGGCGACGGCCUACGACCACCAGCUGGCUCUUGAUGAGCACGGGCGCAAGGCCCACCACGACGGCGGGGUGAAACCUGACCACGCCUCCGUCGUCGCUGCCGCCGGUGGCCACGGCUAUUACGCCGCCUACGCACCUGACAAGGUCCACGACGCGCCGAAGCUUCCUGCCUGGCACAACAAGGUCGUCGACGACGCUGGCUACGCCCACAACACGGCGCGCCUUCGCCACCAGGCUGCUCCUCCUGAUCAUAGGGAGCACGCCGCCGUGGAUUACCAUCACUAUCCAACCACCAAUACCACUCUCGUAAGGUACUAGUAGGUAGCUAGUCGUUAGGAUUACCUAGCAUGGCAGUUCAUCAAUCAGUCCUUCACACUAAACACCGCCUCUGCUUUUCUACUCUGUCCGGUAGCUCCGUUUUUCUACUCUGCUUUUUCUCACCCGCUGAAACUGAAAAGGCACCUGGAAGAGGGGUCUGUGGAUUUUGAUCAGAGCCUCCACGUUUUUGUCCAUGGAUGUGCGGCACAUGUCCCAGUUCCAGGAAGCCUUUAUCAGUAUCGGUCUCCGUAGUUGCUUGCCUGUAAUUUUGCUGUGGCUGCUUAAUCAGUAUCAUAUAAUCAAGUGAAAGAAAGUAUUUCUGAGAUCAAAGAUGACUCCCCAUUUCUACCGUUGCUAUGUGUAUGUGUGUGGCUUGGCUGUCUUUUUUUUCAGUUACCCUGUUCCACGGCAUGAAGUCC